AUGACCUCGCUGGCAUGUGACUGCCCCCAUUUAGAAUCUGUGGGUGAGGUGACCAAAGAAGAACUUAUUCAGAAGUCACACGGCAGCUGCCUGGACUGCAAAGUCAGAGGACCAAACCUUUGGGCUUGCUUAGAGAAUGGCUGUUCUUACAUUGGCUGCGGAGAAUCUCACGUGGACCAUAGCACCACUCAUUCUCAGGACACCAAGCAUUGCCUCACUGUGAAUCUCACCACACUUCGGGUCUGGUGUUACACCUGCAGCAAAGAAGUAUUUCUGGAUCGAAAGCUGAACUGUCAGUCCCCCAACACCAAACCCCAGGACACUGCUACACAGGAUUUAAAAAUGACAACAAACCUUACAUUGAAAACCCCACCAGCCGUGGUUUAUGAUAACCUGGAUGUAGAACUGGAAGAGGAGGACGAGUUAAAGACUAGAGGUCUCACUGGACUAAAGAACAUUGGCAAUACAUGUUACAUGAACGCCGCUCUGCAGGCCCUGUCCAACUGCCCCCCCCUUACAUACUUCUUCCUUGACUGUGGUGGUCUGGCACGCACUGACAAGAAGCCAGCUUUAUGUAAGAGUUACCAGAAACUGAUGAGUGAAAUCUGGCACAAGAACAGGCCUGGUUCUGUUAUACCUACUAACUUGUUCCAAGGCAUAAAGACUGUAAACCCAACUUUUCGAGGCUAUUCCCAACAGGAUGCUCAAGAGUUCUUGCGAUGUCUAAUGGAUAUACUGCAUGAAGAACUUAAGGAGCAGAUGGUGGAGGCAGAAGAUGACCUACAGCCUGGCAUCCUGGAAGAGAUGAUGGAGGAAGAUAAGAAUCAGUCCGACAAUGAUUUUCAGUCCUGUGAAUCGGGGUCAAGCAGUGACCACACUGAAAGCGAAAGUCGUAAAUUGUCUGAGGAACUCUCAGAAUCUGCUAUGCUAAUCCAGGAGGACCUGAAGGACCAGGAUAAUCAGAAAUCCUGGCAAAGGGAGAAGAGAUUCUCCAGCCACAUAAGCCAAAACAACUGCCUCCAGGAUCUGGAAAAGAACCUUGAGAGUUUGUCCGAGGACAGUGAUUACAGUUCCCAAGGAACAGUGAAAGUUCAAAUCCAGAGUCGAAUAUCCGAUUAUGCCACGGAGGUCAACAUUUGUGAGCUAUCAGCUUCUCAAACACCCUUGCUAAGCGAAGGCUCUACGUCUCACCUGUCCAGCAGCCCGCCUAAAUCCGGAGCUCAUUGGGCAAGUCACAAAAAAGUUCCUACCAUCUGUCUCCCUAAGAAGAAAAGGCAGCGGAAGUAUCGCAGUGUCAUAUCGGAUGUGUUUGAUGGCACCAUUGUGAGCUCAGUGCAGUGUCUGACCUGUGACAGAAUCUCUGUAACGUUGGAAACAUUUCAAGACUUAUCCCUGCCAAUACCGGGGAAGGAAGAUUUGGCUAAGCUGCACUCGUCGAGCCACCAGACCUCCCUGGUUAAGGCUGGAUCAUGUGGAGAGGCCUAUGCUCCUCAAGGAUGGAUUGCAUUUUUCCUAGAAUACCUCAAAAGCUGGUUUUGGGGCCCUACAGUCACGCUACAGGAUUGCCUUGCAGCUUUCUUUGCCAGAGACGAACUUAAAGGUGACAAUAUGUACAGCUGUGAAAAAUGCAAAAAGUUAAGAAAUGGCGUCAAGUUUUGUAAAGUGCAGAAAUUUCCUGAGAUAUUGAGUAUACACCUGAAACGCUUUAGGCAUGAACUUAUGUUUUCCACCAAAAUCGGUACUCACGUAUCAUUCCCGCUGGAGGGUUUGGACCUGCAGCCUUUCCUUGCUAAGGACAGCCCAAGCCAGAUCGUCACCUAUGACCUUUUGUCUGUAAUCUGUCAUCAUGGCACUGCCAGCAGUGGCCACUAUAUUGCUUACUGCCGCAACAACCUGAAUAACCUCUGGUAUGAAUUUGAUGACCAGAGUGUCACCGAAGUGUCUGAAGCUACCGUGCAGAAUGCUGAAGCCUAUGUGCUUUUCUACAGGAAGUCAAGUGAAGAUGCUCAGAAAGAGAGGAGAAGGGUGACCAGCCUCCUAAACCUCACAGAGCCCAGUCUUCUGCAGUUCUACGUCUCUCGCCAGUGGCUCAAUAAAUUUAAGACAUUUGCUGAACCUGGCCCCAUAUCCAAUAAUGAUUUCCUAUGUGUGCACGGGGGUGUUCCCCCACGUAAGGCUGGCCUGAUAGAGGACCUUGUGGUGAUGCUUCCUCAGAAUAUAUGGGACCAUUUAUAUAGUAGAUUUGGAGGUGGACCUGCUGUCAACCAUCUUUAUGCUUGCCACACCUGCCAGGUCGAACAGGACAAAAUUGAAAAGAGAAGGAAGAUGGAAUUGGAAACUUUUAUUCGGCUAAACAAGGCUUUUCAGGAAGAGGACUCCCUGGCUGUCAUCUUCUGUAUCAGCAUGCAGUGGUUCAGAGAGUGGGAAGGCUUUGUGAAGGGCAAGGACGUUGAUCCUCCUGGACCAAUCGAUAAUUCUAAAAUUGCGGUUACUAAGUGUGGACAUAUAACCCUGAAACAAGGAGCAGAUUCUGGACAGAUCUCAGAAGAAACCUGGAACUUCCUUCAGUCGAUCUAUGGAGGGGGACCUGAAAUUACGUUGAGGCAAAGCGUCGCAAUCACCGAAUCAGAAGUGGGCCAGUCAGAGGAAAAGAUUGAUGUGGAGACGCGGAAUGUAUAA